AUGAGACGUUUCUCGACGGCAGUAACCAUCACCGACCCCUUGGUCAAAUAUCAAACCCUAGUCAAAACCGGCAUAUAUUCACCCGACCCAGCUCAGCACAGAUUGGCACGGCAUCUGAGGGACAUCUAUCUGCGCAUCAAAGAUUACGCACCCCGUACAGAAUAUCGUCAAAGGUUAAACCAAGCGGCACGUCUGACAGAGCCGAAGCUCCCGGACGAUGAAGAAGCAGGCAAUAUUCUUGCCUUACGAAAUCACAGUAUAUGGCGUAAUCCACUAUUCAAACACCUUAUCCCAGCUGCCGGAGACCGCGAUAGCCUAGCCCUUACGCGAGUGCUAAGUAACCAUGAGACUGCCAUAGAAAUAGACUCCCCCAAGGGUCUGUUUCUCUCAGGAGAAGUGGGAACGGGGAAAUCGAUGCUCCUCGACCUGUUGGCAGAUGGUUUGCCGACGAAACGCAAACGACGCUGGCACUUCAACACCUUCAUGCUCUACACAUUUGCGCAGCUCGACAAACAUAGGGAAUCGCACGUCAACUCAGCAACCCCUGAUUCGGAGUUCUCACUGAUAUGGAUGGCCAAGAAACUCGUGGACGAGUCUCCUAUACUCUUUCUGGAUGAGUUUCAACUACCCGACCGGGCAGCAAGCAAGAUUCUCAGCCACCUGUUCAUUGCAUUCUUUCAGUUGGGCGGUGUCCUGGUCGCGUCAUCGAAUCGAAUGCCAGAAGAACUGCAGAAGGCGACAGGUAUCGAUUAUACCCCUGGCCCUGCGAAGGGACUGAUGAGCAAGAUUUUCGGUGGCAGCACUCGGUACAGGGGAGAACUGUAUGGCCAAACCAGCGACUUUGCAAACUUUUUAGAAGUUUUGAAAGCUAGAUGCGAUUUCUGGCAAAUGGAGGGAGCUACGGAUUGGAGGAGGAGAGAAGAUAUUGAUGGCGCAAAGGUGUAUACUCAAACUGACUAUGGCGCUGGAUUACCUGGUGCAACACACGACGAAAACAGCGUGGAGAAAAGCGUUUCCACUACGCGCAACUUGCCACAAAACUACUACAUAACCGAAAGCCUGGGCCCGGAAUUCGAUCAACGGACCAAAACCAUCGUCGGAUGGAAUAACCCGGGGCAUAUCCCCUGGAUGUCAUCCACCCUGACCGUCUACGGCCGCCCAGUUGUCACACCCCAACACUAUAACGGGUGUGUAUUCUGGACCUUCAACCACCUGGUCGAGUCAUUCGGUCCAGCAGACUACAUUACAAUGGCCUCAUCAUACCACACAUUCAUAAUCGACCAGGUUCCCACGUUGACCAUGCUGCAAAAGAACGAAGCCCGCCGGUUCAUCACAUUCCUCGAUGCCCUCUACGAAGCACGCUGUAAACUCAUCAUCAGAGCACAAGCCGGCCCCGAUGACCUCUUUUUUCCAGAAAGCAAACCCAAUCCAAACGCCAGCCUGAAUCGUGCUCAGAAUCCAUCUGCCAACGACGACGCAACUUACUCCGAGACCAUUGCAGAAGUGUACCAGGACCAAAUGUCCCCCUUCCGGCCAAACGUGUCAUAUUAUGACACCAAAUCGUCCACCUCCCAAUAUGACCCUGACCAAGACUCCGACUUUGGACUGCAAAAGAAGAGCGUUGAUUUCGGCAACACUAGUACCUUCACAGGCGAAGAUGAGCGGUUUGCCUACAAGCGAGCCAUUUCUCGCCUCUGGGAGCUCUGCAGUGCAACAUGGCACGCCAGAACAGGAGACUGGUGGCAACCGCUACCUCUCGAAGCUAGACACUGGGAGGGCGGCCCUAUCUCCCAACCAGCCGGUGACUCCAUUGCCCCCAAGAAAAUAGACACUGGUGAGAAAAUGGGCGAAAGCAUAGAAAUCGAAGUCGCAGGACUAUCCAAAUGGAAAGUAGACGACAUGCGGAAACAAUCCGCAGGCGAGAAUUAA